AUGACCCGUCUGAUGUCAAGACCGGGUCCUGGCUCCUUAAACGAUUGCUCCCCAUUACCUCUUCCCGCCUCCCCGUUUCCCCUUCCCGCCUCCCCAAUUCCCCUUCCCGACACCCCAUUUCCUCUUCCCGCUCCCCACUACCCCUUCGCGCCUCCUCGUUUCCCCUUCCCGCUCCCCAUUACCCCUUCCUGCCUCUGCAAUUCCCCUUCCCGCCACCCCAUUUCCUCUUCUCGCUCCCCAUUAUCCCUUCCCGCCUCCUCGUUUCCCCUUCCCGCUCCCCAUUACCCUUUCCCGCCUCCCCAAUUCCCCUUCCCGCUCCCCAUUACCCCUUCCCGCCUCCCCAAUUCCCCUUCCCGCUCCCCAUUACCCCUUCUCGCCUCCCCAAUUCCCCUUCCCGCUCCCCACUACCCCUUCCCUCCUCCCCGUGACCCCUUCCCGCUUCCCCAUUACCCCUUCCCACUCCCCAUUUCCCCUUCCCGCCUCCCCAAUUCCCCUUCCCGCCUCCCCGCUUCCCCUUCCCACUCCCGAUUAUCCCUUCUCGCCUCCCUUCUCAAACUGCCGAACACACAUCACAGUCGCCGCCCGAUCGCACAGCCUCGCUACCACCCCCUCAUCCCCCCCUUUCUCCCUCUCAUCUCCCCCCCUGCUCCCUGUCAUGUCCCCACCUUCUCUCUCUCAUGUCACCCCCUUCUCCCGCUCAUUCCCCCCCAUUCUCCCUCUCAUUUCUUCCCCUUCCCCCUCUUAUAUCUCCCCCUACUCCCUCUCAUUCCCCCCAUGAAGCCCCUCAUUCCCCCCCUUUCUCCCUCUCAUCCUCCCCCCUGCUCACUGUUAUGUCCCCCCUUCUCUCGCUCAUUUAAAUGCCACAUAACCUCCCUCUCAUUUCCCCGCAUUCCCCCCCCCUUCCCCCUCUCGUUUCCCCCCAUCUCCCUCUCCUUUCCCCACGUGCUCCUUCUCAUUCCCCCCCCCUUCUCCAUCUCGUUUCCCCCCCGCUCAUUUCCCCCCAUCUCCUUUCAUUUUCCCCCCUUCUCCCUCUCAUAUGCUUCUAACCCCUACCCCAUACCCAUCCAUCCCCUGUCAUACCCUUCCAUUCCCUUCCAUACCCUUCCAUACCUUCCAUUCCCUUCCAUACCCUUCCAUUCCCUUCCAUACCCUUCCAUUCCCUUCCAUACCCUUCCAUUCCCUUCCAUACCCUUCCAUACCUACCAUUCCCUUCCAUACCCCAGCCAUACCCUUCCAUACCCUUCCAUUCCCUUCCAUACACUUCCAUUCCCUUCCAUACACUUCCAUUCCCUGCCAUUCCCUUCCAUUCCCUGCAUUCGUGCACAGGCAUAUGACUAG